UCACGAAAGUUGCGUGACCAUCUAUUUUUCAAAAUAUCAUCACCUGAACGAACGGCAUGACCCACAUGAGAUUCAGCCUAUAAAUAUCUCACUCCUUAGCUUUCUUCUCCAUUUCCCUCCAUAUUCAUCUGAUUCAGAAUUUCAAAUCCAAGAGUUCUCUGCACUCUUUCGAAUUCAGCUACCAUGGUCGUUGCACAGAAACUGAAGGAAUCUGAAAUCACUGAGCAGCAUUCUCUUCUUCUGACGAGGAACCUGCUCCGAAUUGCCAUAUUCAAUAUCAGUUAUAUCAGAGGACUAUUUCCUGAGAAGUACUUCAAUGAUAAGUCUGUUCCUGCAUUAGAGAUGAAGAUUAAAAAACUUAUGCCGGUGGAUGCGGAGUCUCGCAGACUAAUAGAUUGGAUGGAGAAGGGUGUAUACGAUGCCUUACAAAAGAAAUACCUGAAGACACUUCUAUUUUGUGUGUGCGAAGCAGUGGAUGGACCCAUGAUUGAGGAGUAUGCAUUUUCCUUUAGCUAUUCAGCUUCUGAGAAUGAAGAGGUUUCCAUGAAUAUCAACCGCAUUGGAAACAAAAAACAAGGGGGGACCUUCAAGCACAACUCGACCGCAGAUAUUACUCCCCAGCAGAUGAGGAGUUCUGCUUGUAAAAUGAUCCGAACUCUAGUUCAGUUGAUGAGAACUCUGGAGAAAAUGCCAGAAGAGCGUACAAUUCUGAUGAAGCUCCUGUACUAUGACGAUGUGACGCCACCCGAUUAUGAGCCUCCUUUCUUCAGGGGCUGCACAGAAGAAGAAGCUUAUCAUCAGUGGGAAAAAAAUCCACUGAAAAUGGAGGUCGGAGAUGUAAACAGCAAGCAUUUUGUAUUAGCUCUGAAGGUGAAGAGUGUGCUUGACCCUUGUGAGGAUGAUAAUGAGGGAAUGCAAGAUGAUAUAAGCACCGGUGAUGAUUCCAUGCAAAGGGAUGAAUAUUAUGAGACUGACAGUGAGGUUGAUCAUUCUCAAGGGGAUCACUAUAUAGUCGCUCCAAUAGAGAAACAGCAAGCACAGGAAGAUAAUGGCGUGAUUGAUGAAGAUACCCAGGACCCUGUGGAAGAUGAGCAGCAAUUGCUCCGCGUCAAGGAGUGGAUCAACUGUUGUCAACUUGAUACUAUUAAGCUUACUGACGUUCUCUCAAAUUUUCCAGACAUCUCAGUGGCUCUCUAUCAUGCUCUCCCAAUGACUUAUGUGUCGGUCGCAAAGCUCCAAGGCUUGCUUGAGGGAAAAGUAAACCAGACAGCAGCACGAAAGAUGAUUGAUAAAAUGAUAAGGGAUGGGUUUGUGGAACCUAAAGGCAACAAAAGAUUAGGGAAACGUGUGAUCCAUUCAGAAUUGACUGAGAGAAAAUUCAUUGAGGUCCAAAAAACUCUAACUGCUGCUGAAGCUAUGGAUGUUGAUAACUGCGAACCCAACAAGUCCACAUGUGGUGUUCUCCACUCUAUUGGAUCAGAUUUAACUCGAAUGAUAGUGACAUCUGAUACAAAUUAUAGUGACUUCAAGAGUGGACACAAAACUCCAAAGGCGAAAGAGCCAGGGAGCAACCCCACAAGCAGGACUGAGCCAGUUACUUCAAGAGAGAGUUUUGCGCAGGGUAAAGAGAACAGCACAGCAAAUGGAAAUAGAAUUGCAAAUCAUGGUGAUGAUGAAGUAGCUGAAACAAUAAUCUGCAGUAGGUCCUCCCAAGACAAGCGACCCAGGAAAACUAGCGCGGUCAAGGAGCCCAUCCAUCAAAAUGUGAAGCGUCAGAGAUCUCAGGCUCCGUGAACCUGAAAUUUGGAGCCCUUAGUAUAUGUGGAUAAUGAUAACAAUUUGAUCUUUACACUUAAAACAUUUACUUUGGUAGAAAAAUCUGUCGUCUGCUUUCCUGACUGACUUUUUUAUAAUUGGUUCACGCAUAGUAUUGCAGAUAAUAUUCAUUGCUUUUUUAGCAAAUUUUAGUUUUUCAAUUUAUUCGCCCCGUCUCAGCUUCCUGAAGUUAUUUCAUCUUCCACUUUGUUUUUUUGAUAGCAUCAUCUUCCACUUCUUUAUGUGAACCCAAUGCCGAAGACAAUAUAAUUCACUACCUAGUUGUUAUUUCAGUUUUUGUUAUGGUUUUGUUAUUCAAAAUUUGAGACCAUUUAUCUUGGGAAGAGUUG